AUGCCCGAUUUCCCUAAGCGAGUUUCCUUUACCAAGGCCUGGCACACAACGCCAUAUCCGUUCAUUUCUCCAACAAGAGCAGGACUUUCGGCGACUGGCAAGAACGUAGUGGUAACCGGUGGCGGGACGGGCAUCGGGCUUGCGACUGCAAUCGCUUUUGCGGAAGCUGAGGCUAAGUCUGUCUCAAUCGUUGGACGUCGACUAGACAAGCUCCAAGCUGGAGUAGAGUCCAUCAAGGCAAUGCCUGAAUUUACGAAGACACAAGUCUUUUACCAAGUCGCAGAUCUUUCAGAUGCCGAGCAAGUCAAGUCGGCCUUCAAAGCAAUCGCUGACGAAGUUGGCAAUAUUGACAUCCUUGUCUCAAAUGCCGGUGUACUCCCGCCAUUCGGGCCGAUCGUGGGCUAUAAUCCGGAUGAUCUUGUGCGAGGGUUCGAUGGUAACGUGUUCAGUGCAUUCAAUGCUUUCCAGGCAUUCAUGCCUCUUGCUGGACCUAAUCCGAUCAUUCUCAACAUUUCGACUUGUUUGGCGAAUAUCACUCCAGUUCCAAUGGUAAGCGCCUAUGCGAUCACCAAGGCUGCUGCCUUGAAGAUGAUGGAAUAUCUGGGAGCUGAGAACCCUCAUCUCCGGGUUGUCAAUAUCCAGCCAGGAUGGGUCCCGACUGAUAUGAACGGACAUCAGAGCGAGGCUCCAGAUGUUGGUAAGUUUGGCGCGAAGUAUUUUCUAUCUUAUAGACCUGUGUGA